AGCAGCAGGCUGUUGUUUACUGGCUGCAGAUGGAUCAGCUGUGAGGGCCGCCGGUCAUUAACACCAGCAGGAAAUAAUAAUUAGAAGGGGAAAAAACAGCUGAGGGCGUGCCCAAGGUUGUCAAUUAGGAACUAAGGGGCAGAAUCAUUCCGGUGCAGGUCCCACUGGUUCAGCUCCACCAUCAUGGCCGGCGGUGAAGGACCCGACAAGUCGGAUGGCACUGCCAGUCAGUCUUCCUCUUGUCAGGAUCAUUCCAAAGAACACAUGAAGCUCAAGAAGGAGAUCUCGCUUCUCAAUGGGGUCAGUUUGAUCGUGGGAAACAUGAUCGGCUCUGGCAUCUUCGUCUCCCCCAAGGGGGUGCUCAUCUACAGCACCUCCUACGGGUUGUCUCUAGUCAUCUGGGCCAUUGGGGGACUGUUCUCGGUUGUUGGCGCCCUCUGCUAUGCUGAGCUGGGCACCACAAUCACCAAAUCAGGGGCUUCGUAUGCAUACAUCCUGGAGUCAUUUGGUGGCUUCAUUGCAUUCAUUCGAUUGUGGACGUCACUGUUGAUCAUUGAACCCACCAGCCAGGCCGUCAUAGCCAUUACGUUUGCAAACUACCUGGUGCAACCACUGUUCCCAACUUGUGAGCCCCCAUACACAGCAUCCCGCCUCGUCGCUGCUGCAUGCAUAUGUUUACUGACAUUCAUAAACUCUGCUUAUGUAAAGUGGGGUACCCGUGUACAGGACAUCUUUACCUAUGCAAAGGUGGCGGCGCUCAUCGUCAUUAUCAUUACUGGUAUUGUCAGGCUGUGCCAGGGCUACACAGACAACUUCAAGUCAUCCUUCCAGGGCUCGUCCACAGACCCCGGUGAUAUUGCUUUGGCCUUGUACUCGGCACUCUUCUCAUAUUCUGGUUGGGACACGCUCAACUUUGUGACAGAAGAGAUCAAAAACCCAGAGAGGAACCUACCGCUGUCCAUUGCCAUCUCUAUGCCCAUUGUCACCAUCAUCUACAUUCUCACCAACGUGGCCUACUACGCUGUUCUGGAUGUCAGUGCCAUACUGGCCAGCGAUGCUGUAGCAGUGACAUUUGCAGAUCACACACUGGGUGUCAUGAACUGGAUCAUCCCCAUUGCUGUAGCGCUGUCCUGUUAUGGGGGCCUAAAUGCUUCCAUUAUAGCUGCUUCAAGGUUGUUCUUUGUAGGGUCUCGGGAGGGUCACCUUCCAGAUGCUCUGUCCAUGAUCCAUAUUCAGAGAUUCACUCCAAUCCCUGCGCUGAUUUUCAAUUGUAUCAUGUCACUGAUCUACCUCACAGUGGAAGAUGUCUUCCAGCUCAUCAACUACUACAGCUUCAGCUACUGGUUCUUCAUGGGCCUGUCUGUCGCCGGGCAGAUCUACCUUCGCUGGAAGCAGCCUGACAGACCCAGACCUCUCAAACUCUCACUGUUUUACCCCGUGGUGUUCUGCCUGUGUGCCGUCUUCCUGGUGGCAGUUCCUCUGUACAGUGACACCCUGAACUCCCUGAUCGGGAUCUCAAUCGCCCUGUCUGGUGUUCCCGUCUACUUCCUGGGCGUCUAUCUGCCGGAGUCCAAAAGACCUCCGGUUAUCAUCAAGCUGCUGCGUUUUCUGACUUUCUUCACCCAGUACUCCUGCUUCUGUGUACUGACAGAGACGGACAAAACCCAGUAGCCUGUUUCUCCACACAGGAAACUGCUGGGAAACAAGCAGCUUUCAUCUUUUGUACUGUUCACCAUGCUGCUGCCAUGCACUGAAAA